AUGUUGAUGCUUCCUUUGACUAUCAUUCAUUUUCUGAGGAUUGUUGUUCGUAAUUAUCAGUGUAAGAUGUUGGAUGGUUGUGUUGAAUCCUUCGUGAGUUCUUCCCCUCUUGCUGCAGAGGGGUUUGCAGUUAAGGUGGCUGUGUGUUUUGCUAUCUCAAGGGGUUUCAAUCCCUGCCUGACUGAAUCUGAUUCAAUGCAGAUGAUUCAUCUUGUUUAUGUUCCUAGAGCAGCUAACAAAUGUGCGAUUUGGAUAGCAAAUGAGGCCAGAAUUUGUGCUGUAAGGGCAGGCUGGGUAACAAAUACUCUUGACCCUUUAUUUUCUCUUUUACGAAAGGAUAGUGCUAUUUUGAUUCCUUCUGCUUCAGGUAAAUUUUACGGCCCGCGCUUGACGGUUGGAUGGAAGCUCAUUUCUUCUCCGGUGAAGCGAAAUGUGUCUCUCGUCUCGUGUGUGAAGGUGCCUGAAGCUGCGGCUACUGCUUCAGCGGCCAAAUCUGAUGGUUCGUUGGAGAAGAGUUCUCUGCGAAGUGCAACUUUUCCUAAUGGAUUUGAAGCAUUGGUACUAGAGGUCUGUGAUGAGACAGAGAUUGCUGAACUCAAACUAAAGGUUGGGGAUUUUGAAAUGCAUUUGCGCCGCAAUGUUGGGGCUACAAAAGCUCCCUUGUCCAGCAUUUCACCUACAGAACCACCUCCAAUCCCAACUAAACCAAUGGAUGUAUCAGCUUCUGUUGCCCCUACUCCAUCACCACCAAAAACCUCUACAGAAAAACCGACUCCAUUUACUAAUGUCUCAUUUGGGAAGUCAUCCAAAUUAGCUGCCUUAGAGGCUUCUGGAGCCACUGGAUAUGUUCUGGUUGCUUCUCCAACGGUUGGCUCAUUCCGAAGGAACAGAACAGUGAAAGGAAAAAGGCAACCUCCCAUCUUUAAAGAGGGUGAUAUAAUUAAAGAAGGACAGGUGAUAGGGUAUUUGGAUCAAUUUGGUACUGAACUUCCUGUGAAGUCAGAUGUCGCUGGAGAAGUCUUAAAGCUCCUCUUUGAUGAUGGAGAUUAUGUCUCAGAAAGGCUGCAAACGGAUUACUCUAGGCCAUCCCGUCCCAACUUGCAAAGAUCUUCGAACAUGCUUCGGAGAAUGAACCAAUUCCUUCAACUCUUAACUUGCCAAAACUGCAGAAGAAGCCGGACGAUAGUGACCAUCGCAAAGCACAUGUUGAAGAUGCGCCUUCCAUUGCAUAGAGAGCAGCUUUUUGCACUUGGAAGACACACCAGCCAACAAAGAACCAUAUGAAUUUACAUCUUCGGUGCCAAAAGAGAAGAGCUGCUAUCCAUUUCAAGCGCAAUUUCCUAUGCCAUUUCAGUCGCAAAACAAUCCACCACAACCUGCCUGACCUGGAUUACCAUGGGAAGCUCCAUUAACAAUAAGCAUAAUCCAUCCUGGAAUUGACCAGACCAACCGUGGUAACCCGACAACUGGCAUUAGCAACGAAGUCCCUAUUCCAGGUAGGCAAAGUCGUGCAGGUUCAAUCGAUAGAAACCGGGCAGAUGAUCUCCACAUACAACCAGGUUCCAAAGACAAUCCCGCAAAACAUGAAGAGUCCAUAGAAACGUGCGAAUCCGUUGAGAGACCUGGAGCUUCCAAACCACCUCAGUAAGUAACAUCACCAAGAUCAUGACUCACUACAGCAUAAGCAGAUUUCAAAGAAAACCCCCCAGAGGGGGAGGGCAACCAAUAAUUACCAUCCAAAUCUUCAAUAUCAUCGGCAUAAACAAAACACGGCCAAUAGACUAAGAAUAUCAUCAUGUAAGAAGAAAGAACUUGCCAAUCCCAACUUCCAUUUGGAAGCCAAAACUCAGCC